AUGUGGUCCGACCGGUGUUCUUAUCCAAGCUUGGAUUGUCCCACAACCACGGCUGGUCCACGACGACGCACGUCAUCAAGCCAGAGACAGUCACCUUACCCGAGCCACCAUCAAUUCCGCACCACAAAAGGCACCUUCUUCGAAGUUGCACUCGUCUCUCAACAUCAUCAAGGGAGCGAAAAGACGUCGCCGUGGCUCACUGAUGAUGACGAUGAUGGACGUCAAGACUCCCCAACAAGCUCCACCAGCCGGACAACUACCCCAGACUUGACACGCCAGCGAUCACUUUCAUCGUCUUCCUUUGCAACAAGCAACUGGUCACCCUCACCAGUGACGGGGGCAGUCGGAUUCCCUUCGAUGCAAAGCGGCAUACAGCGACAUGAGGCGGAUCAAGCCAUGACAGUACGACCAGAGGCAGAGCCCACGCUGCUGGGCACCCUGAUCACGAUCGACUCGCACGCAUGGACAGACAGAGGCAAGGCCGAUUACUGGAUGUGUUAUACAUGCACGAGGAGACUCCCACCCGAGGACUUCAAGUGCGAACAGACAUUCAAAGUCCGACUCGGUGACCACUGGGACAGCCCUUCUGUGCACCUCCGAAGGUUUUGCAUCCCGUGCGGGAUCAAGCUCGGUGCCCACCGGCCCGGGCCCGUCUUUGAGACCAAGCAUGCGACGACGAGGCGAUGGAUAUGCAACUGCCUGCGGAUCCAUGACGCGGGAGUCAGCAUCUGCCCCAAGUGCAACCGGCUCAGCACCCCUACCGAGCAGGCGGGAGUGUACACGUUCCAGGUUUCGAUUUCUCCUUCACCAUCGUUAUGA